CUCACUAGUCACUCAAAAUAGCUCCACUUCUCUCUCUUCCUCUAACAAUGGCGUCCGGGAAAUUAAACCCUAGAUGUCUCUCCCUUGUCCUCCUUUCCGUCCUCGCAGUCGCAUCUGCUGAGGUGUUCUUCGAGGAACGCUUCGACGACGGAUGGGAGAAACGUUGGGUUAAAUCUGACUGGAAGAAAGAUGAUAAUACUGCUGGGGAAUGGAACUACACAUCUGGCAAAUGGAAUGGAGAUCCUAAUGACAAAGGCAUCCAGACAAGUGAAGACUACAGAUUCUAUGCUAUUUCAGCUGAGUUCCCUGAAGUCAGCAACAAAGAUAAGACUCUAGUCUUCCAAUUUUCUGUCAAGCAUGAGCAGAAGCUUGAUUGCGGUGGUGGCUACAUGAAGUUGCUAAGUGGUGAGGUUGACCAAAAGAAAUUUGGUGGGGAAACUCCAUAUAGCAUUAUGUUUGGACCUGAUAUCUGUGGCUACAGUACCAAGAAAGUACACGCUAUUCUCACCUACAAUGGGACCAAUCACUUGAUCAAGAAGGAGGUUCCAUGUGAAACUGAUCAGCUAACUCAUGUUUAUACAUUCAUCCUUCGUCCAGAUGCUACAUACAGCAUCCUCGUUGAUAAUGUUGAGAAACAAACUGGUAGUUUGUACUCUGAUUGGGAUCUGCUCCCCCCAAAGAAAAUCAAAGAUCCUGAGGCCAAGAAGCCUGACGAUUGGGAUGACAAGGAAUACAUUCCUGACCCUGAAGAUAAAAAACCAGAGGGUUAUGAUGACAUUCCAAAGGAGAUCCCAGAUCCUGAUGCCAAGAAGCCUGAGGAUUGGGAUGAUGAGGAAGAUGGUGAAUGGACAGCCCCAACAAUCCCGAAUCCUGAGUACAAGGGUCCAUGGACGCCAAAGAAAAUUAAGAACCCCAACUACAAGGGCAAAUGGAAGGCUCCUAUGAUUGACAACCCAGAUUUCAAGGAUGACCCUGAUCUUUAUGUUUUCCCCAACUUGAAGUAUGUUGGUAUUGAAUUGUGGCAGGUGAAAUCUGGGACAUUGUUUGACAAUGUCUUGCUCACCAACGACCCUGAGUAUGCCAAGAAGCUUGCUGAGGAAACAUGGGGCAAGAACAAGGAUGCUGAGAAGGCAGCAUUUGAAGAGGCAGAGAAGAAGAGGGAGGAAGAGGAGUCCAAGGAUGAUCCAGUUGACUCUGAUGCCGAAGAAGAAGAGGAGGCUGAGGAAGAUGGCCACGAGUCCGACAGCGACUCUAAAUCCGACAGCGACUAAUCCGAGGAAACCGAAGAGAGCACAGGACAUGAUGAGCUGUAGAUCGAGUGUGCUGCAAUUCAUUGGGGACAAAGCUUUGGAUGUCUGACAGCUCCUAAAUUUUUCCAUCCUUUCUUUUUUUCUAAUAUCUUAAUUGUAGGAUUUCUUAGAUGAGAAAAAAACUUUUGAAGGCUGCAAAGCUAAGCGCGCAUGCUAGUUGCUUUAUAUCUCUCUCAUUUUAAGCGCCCCCUUUAGAUAAAAGAGACUUGUUUGUGUCUAAAGUUUUUAUGAAAUAGUCGGAUCAUUUGAGUCUUCUA